CCGCUACGUCACUUUACUCCGAUGCGGAAGCGAUCGUCAUCGUAAAAAAGGCUGUGAGUUGGAGGUGUCUGUGAGAUGGGAUCGAACCGCGGCGUUUUUCUGCGAUAAGACCAGCUUGUUGCUCGGUGGUUUGAAUGAAAGGAGCGGUGUCGGUCCACGGUUGGUGCUGUGCGGACGGUGUGUGAGUGGUCUCGUGCCUUUUUUUAAGAAAAAAAAAAAAAGCCUCGCAGCAGUUUUAAGUUGACUGCAUGUCUCGUGAGGCAGAGCUGCCUGUUAACGGACGAGUCAGCCACUCUGCUGCAUCGAAGACGAGAUGUUGUUUUUAAAAUGACACUCUAAUAUAACACACUCGGAAAGACCGUUUUCAAAAUGUCGUGGAUAAGAGAAGGUGAACUGAACCUCCUGGAAAAGAUUUCAGCGAACAUCCUGAAGGCUGGACCCAUGCCCAAACAUGUGGCGUUCAUCAUGGACGGUAACCGCCGCUUUGCACUGAAGAACAACAUCGAGCGGCAGGAAGGGCAUAUGCAGGGCUUCAACAAGCUGGCAGAGACACUACGUUGGUGUAAACAGCUGAAUAUCCAAGAAGUGACGGUGUACGCCUUCAGCAUUGAGAACUUCAAGCGCACUAAAGAUGAGGUGGAUGGGCUGAUGGAGCUGGCCAAGCAGAAAUUUGAGCGGCUGUUGGAUGAAAGAGAAAACCUGGAGAAACACGGUGUGUGUAUUCGUGUGCUGGGUGACUUGAACAUGCUGCCACUGGACCUCCAGCAAAUCAUCGCCAAAGCUGUGGUCACAACCAAGGCGCACAAUAAAUGUUUCCUGAAUGUGUGUUUCGCCUACACGUCAAGAUAUGAAAUCACCAACGCUGUGAGAGAAAUGGCUUGGGGAGUGGAGCAGGGCCUGAUCAAAGCAAGCGAUGUUUCAGAAGCGUUGCUCAGUCAGUGUUUGUACAGCAAUAACUCUCCCAAUCCUGAUCUGCUCAUCCGCACAUCUGGAGAGGUUCGCCUCAGCGACUUCCUUCUUUGGCAGACUUCCCACUCUUGUAUAGUGUUUCAGUCAGUUCUGUGGCCAGAGUACUCAUUCUGGAACCUGUGUGAAGCCAUUCUCCAAUAUCAACUAAAUUACAAAUCCAUCCAGAAAGCCAGAGACCUACAUCGAGAGCAUCAGGCCUUGCUGCAGCUAGAGGCGGAUCGAGCCUGCGUGGCGGAGUACCUGCAGCACCAUGGGAAUGGAAAACCUGCCGAUGCCCAGAGAAGACAAGAGGCACUGCUGCACUACACCACCUGCCGGGAAGAACGAAUUCAGGACUUCCUAGACGCGCUGAAGCACAAGAGAGACUCUUUCUUUAAUGACUUAGAGAGCGAAGCUGUUGUGGCGUAGGAAGGCUCAGAAGAAACAAACCCCAUGUUGAAAUGGGGAUGAAACCUCUCCUGUGCUCUUCCCAAAAGGGCUUUUUGUGGAAAAGUGGGAAGAGUGAGCAGUAACUGGGAAUGGUUUCAUUUGGGUUACUGGUUUGUGCAAGUUGAGAGGGCAGUUUUACCCCUAUGGGGCUGUAGAAUAAUUGAUAUUUAUGAUUGUAGAUUUAAAAAAAAAAAAGUCUAACACGUGGAAAUGUCUGGUCAAGAUGUAGUUAAAUGGUGUAACUCGUCUGUCAAAUGCAUGCCAGUGGAAGAUCAAAUCUUAUGAGUGAACGCCAGGGAUUCUGUGUUGUGGAGAUGUUUGCAAAGAAGAAAUCAUCCAGAUGAUAUAAAUCAGUCCAGUUUUUUUUUGUUUUUUUUUCCCCCUGAAGUCCCAAAGGAGGUGUUGUCUGUUGAGUGUGAUGUUGAUGACAUAACUAGAUUUUGACCAGCUUUCUCAAACAGAAUAAAGUGGUAUGUCAGAUGUGAUUAAAUAAUGUGUGAUCCA